CCCACCCGCCUAACCAUCAAUAGUCUAACGUACUGCAAGUACUACCAAACCACGAACAAAAAUAAGGACACAAGACCGCCUCAAUGUCCGCGGACAGAGAAGACCCAGUCCAAGUGCUAAUCCUCGGCGCUGGUUGGACCUCCACAUUCCUGAUCCCCCUCCUCGAGGACAACAAAAUCACGUACGCCGCCACGACCCGCAAAGGCGAUGACAACUCCAUACCCUUCGAAUUCGACCCGCAGUCCGACGACCCGACGCCGUUCCUGCCCCUGCCGUCGGCAAAGACCGUGCUGAUAGCCUUCCCGAUCAAGGGCACCGGCGGGUCGAAGUUGCUCGUGACGCUCUACAUGCGCACGCACCAGCACGUAAAGACGAACUUCAUCCUAUUAGGCACCACGGGGAUCUGGCCGGACAAGGGCCUUCAUGACCGCUUCACCAUCCCGUUCCCCGACAAUCCGAGGAAGAUUGCCGAGGACGAACUGCUCUCUCUCGGCGGGGCCGUGCUGAAUCUCGCCGGACUGUGGGGCGGCAGCCGCGACCCGAGGAAUUGGGUCGGCCGCGUGGCGCCGGAUAAGGAGGCGCUCGCGGGUAAGGGCUCGCUCCACUUGAUUCACGGUUGGGACGUUGCGAGGUCGAUUAUCGCCGUUCAUAAAGCUUUCACUCCCGGGGAGAGAUGGCUCAUCACGGAUCUGAGAAUUUACGACUGGUGGGAUCUGGCGAGCGCUUGGGACGAGGGUGGCCUGCUGGCCGUGCCCAAGGUGGAGACGACGGAUGGGAAGCAGGCGGAGUGGGUUCAGGAGCUCAUGGUUGAGAAGGGGAUCAAGUCCUUGCCGAGACCGCCGGAGCAGUUGAAGAGGGGGUUGAACAGUUUGCACUUUUGGAAGCAUUUCGGGAUUAUGCCCUCUAGGUCUCUGGUCUCUGGGUCUUAGACCUAUGGGUGAGUAGGGUUUUCCUCGGUGUUGUCGUGCUCUUUCAGUUUCCAUGUUUGCUCUUGGAAACAGGUGGAAUAUAGGGAUUUCGGUCACUCAUGGAUACUCUACUUUACACAUUCUCAUUAGCUUUGCUCCCAUAUAAGCCACCAUCAUUCUCAAACUUCCAAGCAAGAUUUCCUCAGGAAAA